UUCAGCACCACUCACAGGGACAGCUCAUGCUAUCUGUAUCUCCAUCCUCUCCCAAUACCUAUCCAGCUCUUCUCCCAUCUAACAUCAUCUUCCUCAUCUUCACUGUCUGUCCUCUACCCAUCCCUAUACCUCUUCUCUCUAUAACAACAACCCUCCUACUCCCUCCUCACCCUCCCCGCCUAUGUGCUCCCAUCCUCCCCCCUCCCCCAGUCUGUGCAUUGGUUGCUGGCUUGUGCAGUUUCUCCUGGAUGUGACUGCAUCAAACCGCAGGUACCCAUCGCUAUCUGGAGGUAACGAGAGAGCCAGCACCUGACAUAGACUGCCGAGAGACUGCACCUGAAGGACAGGAUUAGAGUGAGGGCUGGAAGGAGGGGAGGGAUGCCCAUAUCUGAGUGACUGUGUCUGCAGAGCUGAGGGCUGGGCGCUGUCCCCAGCACUCAUCACCUAAAUCCUGAGGAGCUCUGCUGCAUCUUCCUCAGCAUCCGGAGCCUGUCCAGCGCUGAUCCCUGGAGCUUCCCCUGGACCGUUCUCCCCUCCCUGUCCCCAGGGUGUGUCUGUGUAUGAUCCGCUCCCUGGCCAGCUCAUCUCUGCUUGAAGAUGGCGGAUCGAGCUGAGAUGUUUUCUCUCUCAACCUUCCACUCCCUCUCCCCCCCCGGCUGCAGGCCGUCUCAAGAUAUCAGUUUGGAGGAAUUUGACGAUGAAGAUUUAUCUGAAAUUACAGAUGACUGUGGGAUUGGAUUAAACUAUGACUCGGACCACUGUGACAAGGACAGCCUUGCGUUCGGUCGCUGUGAUCCAUCACGUGUUUUGUGCAGCUUCCAGGAGGAUUUCCAUGAAUUUGAGAUGAUUGAUGAGGAUGACGAUGAAGAAGAAGAAGAAGAGGAGGAGGAGGAGGAAAAUCCAGGUGAAGAGAACAUGAAGCAGCAAGAAGCACCACCUUCCCCAAGUCCAUCACCUCUUCCUCCCGAAGACAGCCUGAAAAAUAGACCUAGCACCUUGAGACUGAGUGCUCCUCGAACACAGGAUACACUUAACAACAAUGGUGGAUUCAUUUCUCAGAGAGACAGCUGGGCAGAUCCUGAGAGGAAUGAGACUGAGUUUGUCUCCCAUUCCCAAGUCGCUCAGUCGGAAAUGGAAAUGCACACAGGUUCUGCAAGUGACAAUAUAGGAAUAGAACUUGACAGGCCUCAGGGAAGUGAUGUCUCCAGAAUUCUACCUGCCAGUCUUCACCAGGUAGGAAAUGAAGGGCACUGGCCAGCUGAUGCAGCAUCCAGAGUCACAACACCACCCCAAGAACAUCAUGAUGAUUUAAGCCCAGAGAGGAGAUUAAGCACACGAGGGCAUCCAUCUAAUUCUUCAAACGAAACAACAUCUCCAUCAUCAGAUCCUGGAAUUGAGGCUGAUCUGACAAGUCGUGGUCGGUUCAUGCCACCUGGAGACUGUAGUCAGGAUCUCAGCUCACCUGGUUCUGAUUCUGAUAUAGAAGGUGAACUUGAAGCAGCCUUUGCCCGUGAAGGUGGAAGGUUGGUUGGAACUAUGAUCUCCUCUAUCUCAGAGACAGAGCUGGACCUUAGCAGUGAUUCAAGCAGUGGUAGAUCAUCUCACCUAACAAACUCUAUUGAGGAGGCCAGCUCACCCACAUCUGAUCCUGAGCCAGAUCAUGUUGGAGAGGGAGAUGGAGGUCGACAAGGAAUUAAAGAUUCAAUCCUCUUAGAUAAGGAAGAAGAAAAUGCCCCAGUACUGGUGGAACCAGAAGAAAAAUACAGUUCCUGGAAUAUAGAUGAAGCACCGGUACAUGAGGGACCUGAUGUCAAUGCACAACGUAGUCUUGAAAGCCUUCGCCGGUCAUUUUAUUUGCCAGUGGGACCCAAGCUUAUGCCAGAAACAGAGGCUAAUAGUGAAUAUGACUCUGACUCUGAGUCAGAGGCUGAUUUGAGUGAGGAUUCUGACUCACCAUGGCUGCUCAGCAACUUGGUAAAUAAAAUGAUAUCUGAAGGCUCAUACCCAAUCACCUGUCCAGAUGAAUGUUUUCAAAGGCAAACUAGCCCUUCUUGCGACACCCUCUCCCCAGCUUCAGAAUUGGAUCCUGAGAACCUAGAGCAAGAAGUGGAGGCUGAGCUAAACAGUCCUAAGGAUCCAUCUGAUGAUUUGGUGUCAAAACAACAGAGCAUUGAAUUAGUAGAUAUGGAAACUCUACAAAACUCUUUGAGCCACACAGAGAGAGAAGAGACCCGUCCUGGCUUGUAUCUUCUGCAUGAUUCACGUGAUAUUGUUACUCCAAUCUUUGAAGGACUUCCUCUCCACUUAGAGGGCUUAUCACACACUGCUAAGUGUCUUCCACAGUCUCCUGGGCAUAGAGCUGAACUGAAACCAAGGCCUGGAACAGAGCAACUACUGCAGAAUCCAGCUGAGGGCUGGGAUAUUGACCGUGAUCUGGAUUCUGGCAUCCUGGAAGAUAAUGAACUUUGUGAUGACCUCUGUCAGGAACUAAACCAAACCCAACCCACAAUGGACAUCUCCACAGCCCAGACCAACCAUGGCUUUAACCUGGAAUAUUCUGGUGAGGAAGACGAGGAGAUACCUUAUUAUAGAAGCCUAAAAAGUUCUCCAUUCCAGAGCUGUGUUGGGGAUAAAUCUUUUAUGGGCUCCCCAAACAAUGAAACACGGUUAAUAGAUGAUUCUCUGGCCUACGAUUCAAUGAAGUACACUUUGGUAGUGGAUGAGCACACUCAGUUGGAGUUGAUUAGUCUACAGCGAUGCACCUCCAUAAUGAGUGAUGGAAGUGACCUCCUUAGAGCAUGUGAUGCCGGUGAUCUAGAGGAGGAUGAAUUUGGAGAUGAAGUGGAAGUCAAUGAACAAGAAUCCUCAUCAGGUGACUCAUCUCCUGAGCCCAAUAUGCCUUUCUCCAAGAAAUUCCUCAAUGUUUUUGUGAACAGCACAUCACGAUCCUCAAGCACCGAGUCCUUUGGGCUGUUUUCCUGUGUACUUAAUGGAGAGGAGCGUGAACAGACACAUAGAGCUGUGUUCAGGUUCAUCCCUCGUCAUGAAGAUGAACUGGAAUUAGAUGUUGAUGACCCUUUGCUGGUGGAGUGCGAAGAUGGUUCUUGGUGUCGCGGGUACAACAUGAGGACGGGCGAGAGAGGAAUCUUUCCUUCUUUCUAUGCCCAUGAGGUGGUGUGUCCGGUAAAAGAGAAUGUUGUUCUCAGGGGGAACUCUCCGUGGGUCCAGGUGUUCGAUGUCCAGUUUCUGGGAUCUGUAGAGGUUCCUCAUCAUCAAGGCAAUGGCAUCCUAUGUGCAGCUAUGCAAAAGAUCGCAACUGCAAGAAAAUUGACGGUACAUCUGCGACCGCCUGCCAGCUGUGAACUUGAAAUUUCACUACGUGGUGUCAAACUCAUCCUUAGAGGCGAUGACCGACCAGAGGAUGAACGUUGCAGUCACUUUUUCCAGAUGAAGAAUAUAUCGUUCUGCGGAUGCCAUCCACGCAACAGCUGUUACUUUGGCUUUAUCACGAAACAUCCUGUCCUGAGCCGCUUCGCUUGUCAUGUCUUCGUUUCCCAGGAUUCCAUGCGACGUGUGGCUGAGUGUGUGGGACGCGCAUUCCAAGAAUUCUAUCAGGAACACGUGGAGUUCAGUUGCCCCACGGAGGAUAUUUACCUGGAGUAACCAGGGUCUGUAGAUAUAUAGAGGGGAUCCGGGUAUAUAUAUAUAUAUAUAUAUAUAUAUAUAUAUAUAGAAAGUGUGGGAAAUCCCAGAGUCAUCAUCAGUCAGCCAGGAAAGCAGGGGUGGGAGCUUGCAUGACCCCUGACAUCAGACUUCACCCCCACAAAACCUUUCCUAGGAAUACUGUUAUUUCAGUGAAACAGAACAUUUCACGUUAACCCUUUUCCUGCUUCAGACUGCAGAGUAUCUCAUGUUAAGCACUUCUCUUUCCUAUUAUGCACUAAAACUCUUUGCAUCGCAACCUCCUUCCUAAUAUUUUGCGCAGACCAAUCCAUAUUACCGCCCUCCACUACAGAUGUCAAAACAUCUCACAGCAUUCUUUCCUUUUGAUAAAUUGCUGAGUAUCACAGUUCAACUCCCCACUCCAUCUCCUGACUGCAUAUGGUAUUGCAUUAUUUAUAAUUAGCUACCAGCAGCAGAGCAUCUCACAUUGGCCCAAGGCUGCCACAUCGACCCUGUUUUAAUGGACUCGUAAAACUUCUUGAUUCUGUUGGCAACUCAUGACUAGUGAUUCCCUUCUAUUAUAUAUAAUUCAUAUGAUGUAGGAGUAAAAAUAAUAGAUUUUUCUCUUGCACCUUAUGCAUGCUUCACACUAUUGCAAGCACUUUUCAUGCAAUACCCAACAACAUGAAGACGUUAUAUGUGUCCUAGAAAAAAUGGAGAACGUGUGAACCCUAAAUCAGCAGCUUCCCCUCAAAAGACCAUUGCAGAAGAUAUCUUCUUUAUAUGCAGAGCAUCUCAGGUUUAUCCAUUCCCUAGCCACUAUGGACCUGAAUUGAUACAUAUCUUCCUUUUCGUUCCUACAACACCUCAACCACAGCUAGCUUCAGACUGGCAACGAUUGUGAUAAUUAACUCUUUUACACACCAGCAGAGCAUGAUGCUUUUAAUCUCUGUAGAGCAUCAGUAUUUUAUGGCUUUUGCAGAUAAUUUAGUUGGCUAUUUCUCACGGAAUUGUCCUUCUUUUACACAUCAGAACACCUUUGCAGCUCACUCAUCCAUUAUCUCUUUCACUGCCAAUAAUCACAAAAUCAUUGUGCUUUAGUAUGCUUGUGACAUAAAGGAUUAGUGAGAUUAAUAACUGCUUUCUAUAUGGAGAAAUCUCCGGUACCUUUUGUUUCAAUUUAUCUAAUUCCUUAAACUUUCAAACCAUUAAAAUACCCGAGGAUAUGUCUCGUAUAAAAAAAGGAAAGAUUGGGUUUGUUACACAUGGUACUUUGAACUAUUUAGAUACUGUGUCAUAAAGUCAGAACACGGAUAUUCCAAACCCUGUAAAUAUAACCACAUAUAAUACAAGCCUGGGGAAGGUCAGUAGUUGCAGGUGACAUGCAGCUCAACUCAUAUAUAACAGAGUUCAUGAUAUUGAAUAUUGUAUUUUGAAGAAUGUCGAUGUCUGAAUGUGGUAACAGUAUCUUUAGAGAUAUAAAGGCCACAUGAGCUGCACUCCAGUUACAUUCUUUUUAAAUGGCUUUUAGCACUUUGUCUGCCAUCGGCCUGCAACAUUUCACUCUAUAAAUCUUUCCCUGGCUACCUGUCUGCAGGUGAUGUCUGUAAGAAUCCUGUUCUAUAAGGAUCCUGCAACUUAUCAGUUCACUUUGCACUCCCUCCAGGGAUAGUUUAUUAAUGUUUUAAACUCCCUCAUCCCUCCCCCCCAGCAUUCAUUCUGAAUGGCUCACAUCUUAUUGCCCUAUAAAUUGACUCCCUUUAGGAAAACUGCAGCUAUGAAACCUCUACCCCUGCAGCUCAUCUCAUCUGUGACUCACCCUUACCCUUACCGUAUAUUCCUCACAUUUUCCAAACGCCUAGGUGGACACAUACUAAGAUCUCAUCCGUAAAUAAAACCUCUCCAAUUCUUGUUAUUCCAUAUAGACUAUGUAUUAGAUUACAAGAUGCACUGGAGAGUUAUCAUAAGUUAGAGCAUGUCCACCUUUCAACUUUCAAUGCCAGACCUGCAGUAAAAGGGUUAACGGCAUUAGGAGCUGGACUAGAGCAUGGAGACGGAACAUCAGUCUAGAUACAUACCCACAUAGUAGUCAGAGGAGAGGAUAUGGGGUCCUUUCUGUUAAAUAAGAGAGCGUUAAAUGAAUUUUAGCAGGGAAGAGGAAAAGUUACCGCAUAUCAUGGAAUAAGUGGAGAUUAAAGGAUCGUCCAGGAUUGUUUGAAGCACUGACACGAAGAGAAGAUUUAGUGGUAGGAACAACUCUAGUUCGUAAAUAUUAUCAUUGUGGGGGACAAAUAUGUAGCAUAAAGGAGGAGUUAUAGUGCUUAGUGUGACUUCUAGAUCAUAGUACGGGAGUUUACCUGUUAUAGGGAAUAUUUUUAGGAGGCAUUAUACAUUUCACACGAUUAGGGGAUAUCGAUUUUUCAUGCCAUGGCUCAUUUUCUCUUUCUGCAUCAAAUAAAAGUUUGAGCUGCA